AUGGUGUACAAUCUCCCAAGGGCUACCUCAGUUCGUGCCGCUUCUCCGUGUGUAGUCCUCCUUCUUGACAGAGUUGAUCUCAACAGAGUGCUUAGACAUUAUCCCGCCGGUACGUUUUUACCAAAACCCAUCAACAAAUCUUUUUAAUAAUUAUUGUUAAUUCAACUGUGCUUAUAUUUGUGUGAGGAUACCAAACGGUACUUCUAUGCAAGAUGCGAUAACAGAGUAGUAUUUCAAUUUUUGCGCUAGAGUCCAUUUGGAAAUAUCCGGGUUCUAGUUCUGAUCAAGUCAGAACACUCCUUUUAGACAAGACUCUCACUGUGUUCUCUCUAUUCUGUAGUAUAAGAUGAUACAAGUAAAUUUUCAGGAAAAUCUUAUAAAGUGCUAUCAGAUGAACCACGGGAAAGUUCAUGUAGGAUGAGGUCACUCAGAUACUGUUCAACCAAUGAAACUCUUCCUUUCUCGCGUUGCAUUCAGUUGGACCAAUCAGAGGUGUUGCUCGACCUGAUUGAGUUCGCAAUGUGAAAAGAAUUUGUAGAACUAGUUAAGCGCCCAAUCCUUCUAGUUCUGCAGGGGGCGUUAGGAUGGAUGGGCAGGGUUUGACCAGUGAUGGGUUAGGAUCCCAUUUGUACCCCAGCUCAAAUUCCACGAAAUAUUCUCCAGUGGCAUGGAUCACUAAAAAUACGUGGGGCUUUCAUUUCUGAAUUGGUUUUAUUAUUUUAGUGGCGGAGCAAUUGCAUUUGACCCUCGAACAUCGAUGUGAUCUGAACAAUAUUGGAACACUGGGUAUGGAGGCAGGAAGCAACAAAGACGAAUUUUUGGAAAUGGAAAACGAAAAAGCUGAGGCCUGGCUACGGCAAAGCGCGGUGAGUAAAGUGGUAGGAAGGGGCAGAUGUAACCACGCGAUUGUAUGUCGGCAAUGACACAAUCGCGUCUGUUUACUGCGUAUUACGCAGAAUGAAAAGCUUUGUCAGUUGACUUGAAGCAUCAUCAGAGGACUCAGGCGGAUUUUUAUCGCUUUGAAGGGCUCAGAAUGAUCCUGAAAUGAUCAACCCCUUGUUUAAACAUUACACGCGAUAUAUGAGUUAUCACAAUGCCCUUAAAUGAGACCAAAUACCAAAGUCUAAGAGCAAAAUAACUUGUGAAGUGGAUAAUUUGUGGGAGAGGGAUUUUGCAAAGAGCCCAGUUUCUCACUCAAUAAGGAAAAAUUUUCAAUUGACCUUCGAACGUAAUCCUAAAUUUUUCUGGUUUUUCUAUACCUUAAAGUAUGAUUGGUCCGAAAAGCUGGCCCCACUUUCUCGACCAAUUAUACUUAAAACUAUAGCGAAUCUCGUCUUGAUUUCUCGAGUUUCCCCGGGCUUGAAACAAUUUGCCUGUUCUGUUUGCUUUGACAUUGGUUUUUGAUACUCGAUCGAAAAGCACUUCAAUCCUAUGUUGGUUUCGUCCAAUCACGAAUGUAUUUUCUUUCGUUCAUAGGACUUUAAAGAGGAUACAUCCAGUAAAGAAAGGUACCAUGCCAAAUGAUAACAAACUUUGCCGUUACUCAUAUAUAGUCCGGGGUUGAGGGAACACUGAAAGAUGAAAUUGUCAUGCCCGAGAGAAAAAAUCAAGGGGAACGCUAGAGAGUAUUAUUUUUGGUCAGGAAUCUUGAAAUUAUCAGUAACGAGGGGAAAUAAGAGAAAGUGAGCGUCUAACCCCAAAAAUCCUAGAAAAUGAUGCUCAUUUUAGCCGCGUACGGCUGUCUUCCUGAACAAACGAGUAGAGCAUCAAGGCAUGCCUAGCUAAAUUUACGCAUGCCACGUGCAGUUCGAACCAUGUAAAGGUUCCAGGACAGAAAAAUGGGCUUCCAUCGUAACUAAUCGUGAAAUUGCAUGUGCAUGGUAUUUCUCGAAGUGGCCUGUUCAGUGUCGUGGCCGACUUUGCUAAAUUGCUAAAUCCUAAUUAAUUCAAUAAUUAUUUCGUUUUCUUACUUGGAAAAAUCUAGUUUCGUCCUUCGCACAAAUCAACUGCAUAAGAGUCCUCUGCUGAUAACCAUUACUUGUGCUUUUAGCCUUUUAACGAGGUUUUCUCGCCACGUCAUCAUGCCCGAUUCCUGGUUCGCGGUGAUCUGGGAGCGACUUCUUCUGUCUGUGCUCCUGUUCAUCUGUUUCGUGUACACCUUCGUUGGUUCGUUUUCAAUCAGCUUGCAUGCUCUCGGUUACGGAGAAGGUGUCGGAAGUAAAGCGUUGAUGAGUUUUACCUACUUACUGGACGCUGUUUUGGUAGCUGAUUUUAUAAUGAGAUUUAACAUGGCUUCUGGGACCACUACAGGUAACUAGAGAUCUUGAAUCUAAUAUUUUUCUAAAGAAAUAUCAGAUUUUGUAUUUCUUCUUUUCUUUUUUCUUACGUAAUUUAAUAACGCCUUUAGUUAAAGUCUUGUCCUGCCUAGAUUAGCAUUGUAGCUAUUUGCAGGACAUGAAGUUUUGUAAACCUUAUACUGAUUUCUUUCUUUAAAUAAAUGUACGAACGAAAUAAAAUUAGACAACAUUUAGCACAAAAUGCCCAACAAGCUGAGUUUCGUCAUGCAGCACGAUUUUUUUUCCUCCACGACAUACACUUUUAGAAGUUUUUUAUUGGUACAAUGCAUAAUGAAUGGCUAGAAAAUAACAUCUAAAAAGUUUAUUGCGUGUUAACAUGUAAAUUCAGGACUAACUAACCGGCUAAAGGGGAAAAAAGAAACCACUUAACUGCCUUCUAAAAAGAAACGUUUUAAAUUUUUCUUAGUCUGAAUAUAUUCAAACUACAAAUGAAUCAAAUUGAGCUCGGGAGCAGAUGUUAAAUUCUAGGAGCAGUAUUGCUGAAUGAUUUGUACUGAUUUGAAUGAGCUUUUCACUUUUUAUGAUUAGAAAUUGAAGAUAUAAGAAAGUCUUACAGAAGAAGUCUGUUAUUUUGGAUCGAUUUACUUGCUAUUCUUCCCAUUGAGAUCUUCGCCCUUUCCCAAGACGAUCAUCACAAGAUUUGGCAUUCUUUGGCAUUCCUACGGCUGAAUCGGCUCAUUAAAGCUGUAAGGGUAAGAGCACUGCAUAACUAUAGAGAGAGAUCUUUUUCUUCAUUGAAUUAACUUCCUUCGAAAAUGGAAUUUGCAGAAUUUGAGAACAUUUCAAAACAUUGCUAUCACUGAUACAUUGCUUUCCAUCGAAGAACGUGUAACCGGCUAUGGGAAUCUUCAUUUAAUGUUUGUAAAUGUUAAAUUUGGCUCACACAAAACGCUUUCAAUUAGCGAUGUGACUGCAUCAAUAUCUCUUUGUUUCGUGGUUAGUCUCUCCUCUACAUUAUACAAUCUUUCUUGGUCACACCUAAUUACAAGAUUUUGAGGCAAAAAAGAUAGGAAUCUAUGAUUGGAGAUGAACUUUGUUCGUUUGUCUCACGAUAGAUUUACUUUUGAUGUUGAUAGCGAUGUUUCGACUGCUAGUCUUCAUCAGACGAUGAUGAAGACUAGCAGUAUUGCAGUCGAAACAUCGCGAUCAACAUCAAUAGUGAUUCUAUCGUGAGACAAACGAACAAAGUUCACCUCUUAUCUUACAGCACGAUGGACAAUAAACACAUAUCUUAUUACAUUGAAUCUAUGAUUCUUUUCUUUCUUUCUUUUUGAUUUGUGUUUUUUAGAUUCCGCGUUUCUUCAGUAACCUGGAGAAUAAUCUCCAUUACAAUAUUGGUAAAGUGCGAGCCGUGAAGUUUACAAUCUAUAUUAUCUUAAUCACUCAUAUCAGUGCCUGUGCGUGGUUCCUUGGCGCCUGCUUCAGAGAAACGUACGUUACAUUUUCAUUAUUAUCAUUUCUGUUACCUACAUAUCGAUGCAGUUUUCUGUUAGAUCUCGAUUUCAAUGACGCUACCACUUUCCUUAUUUCACUUCGAAAGCGUUUGAGACGUGACAGUGAUCGUGAUCCAGACCGAUGAUCGAUCGAUGAUCGAUCGAUGCUCGUCAUUGUGAGUCUCACUGUGAGCUUGAAAUUCUUAUCGUUUGCUUCUAAUCAUUGUAGAUGUACAGAGGGGAGCUGGGCCCAACACACCGGAAAUACCCACAGAAUAGCUGGCUUUGGUGACUACAUCUCUAGUCUCUACUGGGCAGCAGCUACCAUGUCGUCAACGGGUUACGGUGAUAUCCACGCCCACAAUAUGGAAAGUCAGCUGAUUGCUACAGUGGUCAUGCUCACUGGUCUCUUGCUUUAUGGAUACUGCCUUAGUAGCAUUGCUGCCACUCUCGCCAAUUCAGCGGCUCCAAAGUAUGUUUCUUCCUUUACAUAAAAACUCGUUAAAGCAUAACGGAUUGUCAAGGGAUUUAGUAUGAUAUGCAUCAUAAAUUCUAUGAUUUUCAAAGUUAAAAAAGGAAAGGAAAUAGCCACUGCACAAGGUCCAUCAUCUGAAAUAUCACAUUAAUUACUCGGAUAGGAAAAUAUUAUUGUACAGAAGUAGAAUUCUUACAAGCUGAAGAGUGAAUUACGCUCUGAGGCAUCCAAAUACAGAAAUACUUAAAUCAAGAUGUUAAGUUCACCAGCCACACGUGGUGUCAAGUCUGUAUGCUAAACCCGGACUCGGCGGUUGAAGACUCAGCGCCUCUACCAAUGCGCCAUACGUGGCCUUUCUUGCAAGUGGCGUUUUCAGUAUGAAAAAUGACCUCAAAACCAUGAGUGAACCGCCGAAAAAAGGGGUCAUGGCGUUCUGAAUUGGAAACAGGAUGGACAUAACACCAAAAGAUAUCAAAGCGAAAUAUUUCUCUUUCCUCAGAGUGGAAUUCUUCGCACGGAUGACAGCCACGCAAGAAUUUAUGGCAGAGCAAAAUCUUAGCCGCCACCUCAUGGAGAGAACUGAAACUUAUCUGGCGAUGCUAUGGAGAGUGCACAGGUAAUAAAAUUUGUUGGCUUCCAAAUAUACAUCCCAAGGGAACCUCUGCAAUAGUUCAAUGAAAAAGUCACGUUAUAUGAAGAUGUUAAGCCCGAUAAGUAGAAUACGGGGCUCGGCUUUCUAAACUGCAAGGAAAGGUAUCAGAUAUAAUAGGACAGAAUUUGCCUUUCUUUUUGUUGUUGCUAUUGCAGUAACUGAAACUCAGGUUACUUUGUUCUUCAAGGGGCGAGGCAACACCUGGAGGAAGGCGUUUAAUUGAGGAUAUGCCUUUAUCACUCCAAAUGGACGUUACUUAUGAAGAGACAAAAGACUAUUUGGAAAAGGUUUUUUUUUUCAUCUACGUAUUUGUCAAUCAAUCAAUGUUUUUAUUUCAUUCUGAACAAAAGAAUAAAUACACUCUGUUUCAACUGACCAAUGGCUUUCUCAAAUGACCUUUUUUUUGGUAUAUAAUGCAGCGGAAUUUAAGCAAUUAAGAUUUUCGAAUCUUUCUUGUUUUCAUUCAUUUUCAAGAAUGAUAAAAAAUGAAGCUCCAUAUCCACGUAGGCUGUUAUCAACUUGAACAAAGGGGGCGAGUUUCUAAGGAAACUAUGGACGCAAGUGGUGCGUCCGUAAGGGAAUGUAACAAGAUAAUUUUGUUCAACCAAAAGAGUUGAUAACGUAAACUGGCCACCGUGAAGAGUUUUUAGCUGACGUUUCGAGUGUUAGCCCUUCGUCAGAGCGACAUAGUCUUGAGUCUGAUGAUUUCGAAUAAACCCUGAGAACUGUGCACAAAUCUUAAUUGACCAGUACAUAUAUUUUGCCAAUUUCUUACGUUGAAACCAUAUUUUUGAAAGCCACAGCACAAAUGGAUCAACAAAUGAUGCUAAAUCUUUCUGAUUAGUACGCAGACUCGUAUUUUUCCUCGAAUCUAAAAGCUUAAUUUUUUAUUAUUAUUAAUUUUUAUUAGUAAAAACCGAGAAGAUAACAGCUUCUUACUCUUUCAUAAACGGCAGGUCCCGAUAUUCAUGGAAACGGACGCCAUCUUUUUGCGAGAACUAUCGCUGAAAGUAACCUCAUAUCUAUUUUCCCCAGGUAAGUAAAUGAUUAAGCGGAGAAUGCUGUUUCCCAUCGGUUAACUAGAGUAUGAUCGCCAGCAAUUACUCAGAGAGUGACCACUGGCAUCGGCUUUUCCAUCAGGAUAUCCGUUUGAUGGCAUCUUUUUUUUUUCAGUAGUAAGGUCCCUUCAGUGCCUUAUAUUGGAGGACUGUUGGCUUGUGUUUGCCUUUUCUUACCGUUGAACGCUGAUUUGCAUUAGCAUGUAUUAAUUACUCGGUAAAUAGCCAGUAUUAGUCAGCUCCACCUCGGUAAAUAGUUGUUUAAUACAACUUGUUUGUUUUGUCGCUGAACCUCUAUAAGCAACCUCUGCCUUUGCAGACAAACGCAAAGAGGUUUUCAUUCAUCGUGUUUCUUUUAAACCUUUUUUCCGUUUUUGGAAUACAUGGACAAGCGUAGCCCACAAGAUUCAUGCAUUACGCCAAUGCAACAUUUCAUUUCCUUCAGUUAUUAAUUUCUUUUUGCAGUGACCUCAAAUUAUUAUUAUUUUUUACUUACUUUUCCUUCUCAGGCGACUACAUUGUAUACGCGGGUGAUAUGGGUAGAGAGAUGUACUGCGUCAGGCGCGGUCUGGUAGAGGUCAUCGCAGAUGAUGACAAGGGCACCGGUGAAGCCACUGUAGUCGCUACUUUGGGACCUGGGGCCUACUUUGGCGAGGUAUAGAAUCUUUCAAUCUCCUUGUUUUCAUUUCUCAUUUCAUUUUUCAUUUCAUUUCAUUUCUUUUUCGGAAUGGAAGAAGGGGGAGUGGGGGAGGGGGAAGAAGGGGGGAUGGGGCUAGGUGGGCUGGGGGAGGGGAAGAAGGGAGGGAUGGGACUAGGUGGGCUGGGGGGGAAGAAGGGAGGGACGGGACUAGGUGGGCUGAGGGAGGGAGGAAGAAGGAAGGGAUGGGACGAGGUGGGCUGAGGGAGGGGGAAGAAGGGAGGGAGAAGAAGGGAGGGACGGGACUAUGUGGGCUGGGGGGGGGGGGAAGAAGGAAGGGAUGAGACUAGGUGGGCUGAGGGAGGGGAAGAAGGAAGGGAUGAGACUAGGUGGGCUGAGGGAGGGGAAGAAAGGAGGGACGGGACUAGGUGGGCUGAGGGAGGGAGGAAGAAGGAAGGGAUGGGACUAGGUGGACUGGGGGAGGGGGAAGAAGGGAGGGGUGGGACUAGGUGGGCUGGGGGAGGGGAGCAAUUUACAUCAACUAUACGAAACAAAUAAGGCGGGGACACUGAAAACCAAGCAGCUAAGAACCUCUGAACCUUAACACUCCCAGACUUUUCAAUGGUGCGAUGAGAACCAAGUACUUUAUCACGUAGACCUUAAUGUCCGUUUUGUUCAUGUUCAUAGAUUGGACUUAUCUUCGGCGAGAAUCGCUUGGCUACUGUAAAGGCAAAAACGUUUUGUGAGAUUUUGAUGCUGACUAAACCAGAUCUUGAUGAGGUGUUGGCGCGUUUUCCUAUUGUGGCAAGGUUUGGCCCAUAUUGAAAUGAUUGCUUUUACUUCAUGUAGGGAAACAUUUCGGCUAAAGUUGCCUCGUGACCAAUGAAUGAUCAGAGAUGGAUAAGGUCAACAUAAGGGGUUGAUAAUAGUACCUUGAAAAGAUCGUGGAUCUCGCAAAAUUUUGAUCCGAUCUCGAGAGCUCACUAACCUAAUAUGUCUCUAUUGAAAAAACCAAUUUGUCCUCUUUAGUCCGGAUUCUGAAGUCCUGCAUUGCUCUCCAAGGUCUCAAAAUAUGAGAUUUUCUUCUUCUUAACGAAGUGCUUGUUCAAAAGUUAGGUUAUCUGACCUUGAAUGAAGGUUGAGGGAGGCGAAAAUCUGUACAUACUCGCCCUCGCUGUCGUUUGAAAAACAAUACUGCAAUAUGGCAGCUGAUAUAUUGCAUAAACGAAUCGCAACUCUAACAUGAUAUUGCGCAGUCACAAUGGUACCAUACAAUAAUGUAACUGAAGCAUCAGUUAUUAUAAAGGAAUCUGUUGCUAAAAUCGAUGUCCCGGUUCUCGGUUUCUUUUUUUUUAUAAUUUACCACCUCUAACAUGAUCACUUUGAGAAAAUGGGCCUUUAUUUGUUUUGUAGGCAAAUCUAUGACGCUGGAGUAAACAGUGACUAUCUUAAAGACGUUCGUCAAGCAGCUUUUGAAUCCACCAAGGCUGCCGUCAGACGCUUGUCUAUGAAAUGUGCCAAUCAAGAAAGAUCAUCAGUCAUGUCUAAAAGCCAAACGUCCAAAAAGAAGAAAGAUGGCCGCGUGUCGCCAGAGAUGAGGUACAUUAAUUUUGAAGUUAAACCCCCCAAAAAAACAAAAAAUACGAAAACCUGAGAUCUUUGAGUUGUAAAACAGUCGCUAUGACGCGAAAAUUUGGGUGCAUUAACUUACAAUAAUUAUUUGCCGAGGAUUAAGUGUAUAUUGCCCACGUUCGUAACGCAUUUGCAAGGAAUUUUCAAUCAGGGUUGAACAGUAAGCCAAGUUUGGCCUGUUUAUUCGAAAUUUUGUAUGCCCCUGCGUAAUCAUCUCGAUCAAUCAAGUGACUAGUCAUAAUAAUUCGGUCGCUACUAAAAUUUUAUUUUUAAAGUCUAUUUGGCUAGAUUUCGAAAAUUGAGCCGCGCAGAAGUUUUCUUAGUCCUGUAGCUUUGAGAUGGUGUUUAGCAAUGUAGCUAAAAGAUGAGAGGUGAAAAGAUAUUUUCCUUUUGAAUCGAAAUUCAGUGAACAAUACUCAUUUGAAACUUGCGCCUGUCAUAGGCCUUCCCAUGAUGCUCGGGUAAUUGGCCUUAAUAGGACAAAGUUCCAAGAUCUUGGUCUUGUUUGGUCAGUUGAGAUUUAAAAAAAAAACGUAGUUUAAAUUCGACCACUAUUUCUUAAGAUUAACAACUGAAAGUAAGCUGAGACAUGAGCCAUUAAUGUUAAUUUGUGAAAAUAAAAUAGAUGAGGUGGCAUGAUGCUUUCUUCCUAUUUCUAGUGCUAUGCGGACAGGUUUUAUGCCUGUGACCAAUGAAAGUAAAGAGGAUGUCAACAAACCAUAUAAUGACCUUCAUCCUAUCUUUUGGCUUUUUUCGCGGCUCCUAAUGAGGUACAAACUCUUAAGUUAGAAAUACAGGGUUAGAAAUACGUGACUGUUAAACAUCGAAAUGUAGACGCAACAUCCGCCAUUCCAUCCUCCCCCCCCUUUCCCCAGACUUCCCCCAUUCCCCUUCUCUCCAACACCUCCACUGCAUCAUCUUGAAACGAAGCCCUGGUAUUUUGUUUUGUUUUGUUUUGUUACUUCUUGAAGAUGUCAUUUUGGUGCUUGUCUUCUUCUCUUCGUAAAUUACAUUUCAGCAAAUUCCAUCCUCUGUUCUACCUUUAGCUACUAUCAUCAUUAUAGUGAUUACGAAUAUAUAUAUACGAAUAUAUAUAUUACACAUAUAGUCUAUGAUUCUUUAACUCUCCGAAUGGCGAAUCAAGUUGCUUUGAAAAGUACGCUGCUGAACUUCUUACUGAACUGCUGAUAAAUGUAAUCAUUGCACUUAAGUUCAUGUUUCUCCAACUCUUUUCACAGACAUUCCAUCUUGCCGGACAGCCAUUACUUUGUCAUGUGGCAGGGAUUGUCUCUUGUCAUUGCAGGGAUUUUUACCUUCACACUCACGUUACAGGCGGCUUUCUUGCAUACUGCUACCAGUUUAUGGAUCGUAAAUUACUGCUUUGAUUUCCUGUGCUUGGUAGACAUGUAAGUAACAUAAAAAGUUAGACAAGGUGGUACGUGCGUGGACAAACACUCUGUAUUUGGAAGCCAAAAGGGUCCAUUCUUCGUGCCAGAUCCCUCACAGACCCUGCAAUAGCUAGAUUCUCAUGAAACUGGUCCCUGAAGCCGCAGCGCUUGUGAGAACAUGUUCACAGGCUACUUGUUGUCUCCCCUUCCCCUUCCAAAGUUGACUACGAGAUAUCAGCUCUAAAGUGGUAAUAACAAAUACAGGGGAAGAGGGACAGAGAAACACCAAAAUGGUGGUGUGAGAGUGAAAAUGUCUGAUCGACUAACAGUUUAUGCUACGUUCUUGUCUGCGCUUUUUCAUUUUAGGUACAUUAAAUUUCACUUGGCGUUUUACAACGAGAACAACGUCCUUGUCACACAUCCGAUUUAUACUGCUCGUAAUUACCUCAGGUAAGAUAUUUUUGGCGUCUUGUUGUUCUUGAAAUUGAGUUUUGUGAAAGGUUCUCAAUUAAUUGGUUGCGUGCAACUGGUUCACACUUUCUUCUUCGGACUAAACGCGACAGAGAUUCAUCGAGAAAUUCUCACACAGAUUACCCUACGUGAAGUAAUCACUAUGCAGCAUAUUGAUCAAAUUUUUUUUGCGUUUCAAGGAGGAAUUUUCCACUGGAUCUUAUCUGUUCCUUUCCUACAGACAUUAUCGUGUUGGCUCUUUGGCCAGAAAGUCUCGGUAAGUGUUCAUACUUAUUAAGCUGAACAAGCAGUUUCUUUUCGCCCUCUUGAACAAUUGAUGAUGUUCAGUACAAAAAGUGAACCCUUGACGUACGGGGCCUGCCUUUAGCCGACUGUCAAGUUACAGAGCUAGGCAUUGCGCAUGUAUGAGUUCACAGUUAUUAACUAUUUCACAUCAACUGGCUAUUUUCCUCUAUUUUUAAGGCAUAGAUGAAGCGGCCGAAGUUGAAAAUUCCUUAUCAAAAACUUUUGUUGAAUAUAAAUCGCUUGAAACAGUAAAAAUUUUUUAUGAAUUUUAUAGAUGCCAACAAGUCGCAGCACUGUCCAGAAAAUGCUGGCAUUUUCACCAUCGUUGACCUUGUUUAAAUUUUCUUUCGUUUGAACUUGAUUGUGUCUACCUCCCUUUAGGCGUUCUUCGUAUCCUGGCCUUGGCUCGUCUAAACAGAUGCCUCUACAUGUACAAAACGGUAGGUUUACAUGAAGAAGGUGUCCAAAGAGGGCUCAUGGGAGAAAAAAGUAGCCACUCUCUACGGUCUAUUUAAAUGAGCAUGCGCUGUACCCAGUUUUGACUAGUGAGAAGGUUCUCAUACAGAAGAGAGGAACAAGGAACGAUAACCAUCUUUAUUACACAUUUAUUUUGAAAUCACUGGUGAUCCUUGCAAUCUAAUUGGCUCUAAGCAGUGCAAUUCAUUCUCAAAUUUCUGUAAAUUGUAUCUUUUUCACAUCUUUUUCAAAAGGCUUGUUUUAAAUGACCAAUCAAAUUGCAGAAAAACGAAAAACAAUGAAGUCAUUGUGUGGCGAAUUUUACAAUUUUUGUCUUCCAAAAUUUAUCCACUUUUAUCACUGUAAAACCGAAACUUACAAUUAUGCAUAAUAUUAUGUUCUUUACAGCAACAGUUUUUCCACUUCAUGACGAAUUCGAUCGGGAAAAAUACAAACCUAUUGGGGUAAGAAGAAUGUCAAAGAUUUAAAUGGUAACUGCAAUUUUCUUAUAAAGAGCUCCUAUAUAAACCAAGGAAACCCUACAACUUACCGAGGCGCAAAAAAUGAAGGCAAAUCAAGUAAUCCAUUCUCUAUGGACGACGCUUUUUUCACGAGCUAAACUCAUCGCUUUCACGGUGCCUUUCUCUACUCUGUUGUGUAUUAAGUUACUAGCAGUGAACUGUUGAGAAACUCUGACAAUAUACUGGGGAAGGGGGAGGGGAUGGGUAACAAUGCAAUGGUUUAGAAUCCCAUUCAGGUGGAGUAGUGAUAAUCCUGGCGCUUCAUGCCUUGAAAACCGAAAUAAGCUCAAAGGUGUGCACCACUUGGCUCGAGCACUGACUUCACUACAUGCUAACAGUUCUCUUUACUUGAAUACACACAGGCAGCUCAAGGUUGCUCUGUACAUGGCAACUUUCACUCACUGUAUAGCUUGUGGUUGGUUUCUGCUCGCUUGUAAAGGACUUGAAAACGGAGAUCAUUCCUGCGCAGCAGAUUCUUGGGUAGGGCAAGGGAAUCGAACAUUAGGUAAGAAGCUUUGUUUUAGACUAUGUGGCUGUCGCUUGUCUCUCUUACCGUCCUUUUGUUUGUUUGUAUCUGUAGUUUUCUGCUCAUUCAUCUGUCUUCUUUGUCUUUACCAUCCGAACUGUGUGUCCAGGCGUCCGUCUGAAUGCUUCUCCUCUGGUCUCUGUCUGUCGAUCUUUCUUUUGGCCUAACUUUUUUUCUUUUGGGCAUGAAAUCCUUCCCAUGAAAAAAGGAAAAACACUUUUCUAACUGCCUAUACUUGACUGAAAACAAUUUGGAAUGAAAUUCAAAUAUAAUGACAUGUUAACAGGGAGAACACUGUUUUUGAUUGUUUGUCCACAGCAACCAAUAGCUUCGGAGAACAGUAUAUAACCAGUCUUUACUGGGCAGCGGCUACCUCAGCCUCGGUUGGUUAUGGUGACAUCCAUGCAUAUAACACGACAGAGGUGAGAAUGACAUCAUUUUCGACGAUCCACCUGUGCUGUGGGUGUUGCAACACAGCCGUAAAACAUUUGCGCAUGUUUAACGUUGUAAUGAUUAGGUGGUCUCAUGACAAGUUUUCUGGUCUACGUAUGUUUGAAAAUUUUCUGCGGGCCACUUAUUUUACUUUACUAGACUCUACUGACAUGCCCUGCACCUGCUUUCUCUCCAGUAACUGCCCUUUCCACCGCUAUUAAUAAUCUAUCUGACUGAUUUUAAUGACACUUCACUGUGUACUAUUAGUGAUUAAUUAGAUUUGUUGUAAUUUUAUUUAAAUUUCUUAUCAGGAUUUUUUUUCUUAGAUUCUGGGUUGCACCUCGCACGGGAUACUUUUUCCGUUCGCGCAAUCUCUUUUGGUCUUUUCAUUUCUACCAUUGAUUUACUAUAUAUUUAUAUUACUUAUAUUAAACAAUAAAGUUGAUAAGAUAUUAUUCAUUAGUUAGUAUCAUGAACAACUGAGUUAGAGGAAUGAGGAAAACAAUGAUUGAAGAGUGAUGGAUUGACUGAUUGAUGGAUUGAUUGUUUGUUUGAUUGGCAGAUGACUUUUGCUUUGUUCUGCAUGAUCAUUGGUAUUGUAUUCUAUGGUUACAUCAUCGCCAGUGUUGCUGCUGGCUUGGCUAACGCUGACGCACAGCGGGCUCGAUACCAAGAAAGACUUGAUGCCAUCAAAACAUUUCUGGAGGUAACAUUUUAGUACUAAGAACUUAAACGAGACGCGUCUCUCGACUUACUUUUUCUUCUCUAAGUUCCAUUCUUGUUCUAUUUUACAGGAACAAGAGAUAUCUGAAAAACUAACAACCCGUGUUAUAAGGUAUGCUUAUGGAGAAACUGGUAGGACAAGAAGUGACAAAUUUCUUGUCGCUUUUAAGCCGACUGAAUUACGGCGUACACAAGCAAACACUAGAAAAUUAGACAGAUGCAGAAUAGAACAAAGGGAGCACGGUUAUCUACACUUGGAUUGGGAAUUACAAUGUAAAAAAGGACAUAAGUUCCUAACAUGUUAAAUAUUAUAUCUGAAUUUUGGUUUUCAGCUAUUAUGAAUAUCUCUGGCUGAGAAACAAAGGAGUCGACGCCAGUUCUUUGUUUGAAGGUCUUCCGCUGGCCCUGCAAGCCGACAUCUCCGUUAGCCUGUACAAAGAUAUGAUUGAAAGGGUAAAUUCAAACCUCUAUCUGUUAUUUUUCCUAAGUUCUGUUUGUCUUUUCUGUAACGAGAGCGCGUUGGAUAUGAAAUGAUAGAUAGCCAACGAGGCCCGUAAGGCCGCGUUGAUAAUUUUCAUCUCAUAUCCAACAAGCGCGAAUAGAAUAAUUUUGGUAUUGAAAACGCCCCAAAAUAUGGAUAACUCUUCCAAAUUUUAUUUUGUAAGAACAAACGGAAUGUUACAAUGUACAAAAUUAUUUCCGGUUCAACUGUUUCCAUGCGCGUGCAUGGUAUGAUGGCUCAUAACCCAGCCCGAAAGCUUUCUUUUACUCUUAAUUACUUGUUAACCUUUAGGAUUAAGUGUAACAAGAAAAUUGUUUCCCUUUAAUAAGGUACCGUUAUUCGAGGGAACAGAGAUCGGUUUCUUGAAGAUGCUUUCCAUGAAAGUGAAGCCAGUUUACUUUCUUGCCAAAGAGUAUAUCGUACGAAAGGGUGAUAUUGGUCAGGAGGUAGGGUUUUAUUGACUUCUUCGGUGAGAAUAAAAUUUAAUAAAGACAGUUCUAAAUGAAUCAUCUUUGCAACCAAUUAUUCCGGGUUUUCAUUUUGACUAACGCUCAGGUGAAUACCUUUGAAAUAUGAGCGAACUGAGUGUAGGCUAAGUCUAUUCCCAGACCUGGAUUGUUUUUGGCUUUCGUCCUUACUCCUUAGGGUUUUUUUUCCCGCUCUUCAACUGUUUCCCUCCGCUCACGGAUCGCCCCGAUUGUGCUCUGCAACUUUUGAGCCACUUCUGGCGUUUGGAGCAGUUUUUUGUGGCUCUGGCAACCUCGAAAAAUUUUUGAGCAAAAUCUAGGUUUAGAGGUCAUAUCAAGAAGUAAAAAGUUAACCAUUUUAUACUAAAACUUCAAUUCAAGCGAAUUUCUUGAAUGGUUACCAAACUUUUGAACACAAAUGAAACAAUUAUUUUGUUCCGUUAAACUUAAGAGUAUCCCACACCUCGCUCAUAUUUAAGAGCAAUUCUUUGACGCUACGUUUUAAGUUAUUUUUCUUUACACCGAUGUUAGCUAUUAUUGUGAAAAACGAAAAGCAAAGCGUUUCUUGAUUAACAUUUAUAUAAAAAGAUAUAAAAUUUUGGCAGAAACUUUUAAAAUUAAAGCAGCAAGUUUUUGGCGUUCCAGUGAGCAAAUUUCUUCCUUUUCAGAUGUAUUUUAUCCACCGAGGCACUGUAGAAGUGGUAUCUGAGCACGAUGAACCGAUUGUAUUUGAUACCAUGGGCGAAGGAAGAUUUUUUGGGGAGAUCAGCGUUGUAUUUAGUUGCCCCAGAACUGCUUCUAUCAGGUACGGAUAAACUGCUACAGUCACGUUUGAUUUAAUUCUUUUGUUUUGGGUAACCCAUGGCCAGGCUGACAAUUUUGGGCUCAAGUUUUUGAUCAGACUGUAACCUCUUUCAAUUUGAUAAGCAUGUACCCCUAUAAGCGAGAACACACCACCUGAAAGUCAUGUAUCAGAAGAACUCGGACACGAUGUCGAUAGCAAAGCAUCCAUAAUGAAUAUAAAAAGUCAAACUAGUUAAGUUCCCUUAACAUCAAGAAUAUAAUUACCAGUAUUGAAUUUUUUACUUUGCAAAUUUGAAAUAACUAUAACGGUAAGGUCAAUAACGAUGACGGUAGCGAUGACGAAGACGAAGGUGACAUCGAUGACGACGGUGAUUCUUUACCGAUCACGAUAUGAGUAAUAAUAUAUGAAAAGCAUAUAAACAUGCUUCCGUCCUCUUACCAUACCACUGACUCUCUAUACAAGGUAUACUCACUGAUCGGAUCACUGCUGCUCCUAAAGAACUUAAACACAGCCUGCUUACCAUUUCUUCUAGGGCGCAGACAAAUUCCGACGUGUUUGUGUUGACAAAAAAGGACUUAGACGAAGUACUCAGCCACUAUCCACAGAUACGUAAGAAAAUCUUGGAGACAGCGGAGGAAAGGCAGAGAAUGGUAGCUGAGCGAGCAAAGGCUUUUGCCAAGAAAAAGGAAGAAGAUAAGAAACGAGAAGAGGAAAACAAGCUGAAGGUAUUGUAUGGUUUUGUCUGAAGUCAGUUUCUGUUGCAGGAAAUUAUUGUUCGCUAGCUGUCAGAAAGAAAUCCUAUUACUACAGGGUGUCUUCGUUUCAAAGCCGGGGUUGCCUCGCGCAGGAGUUUCGUUGCAUUCACCGGUAUUCGAUUAUGUAUUUUCAAAAUUAUUCACCAACCUUUUCGGAAGGCUUUUGUGAGCACGCAACCCUCUUGAAUAUCAUUUUGAAACUGAAAGCUGUAAUCCGUUGCAAUUUAAGCACUCUCUUUUUCAAAGGAACAAGAAGAGGGUCACAAUGACCAGGCUGCCCUGACACUCCAGAUUGAGGAACCUGCAGAGCCUACACCAACAACUGGACAGCGGAUUCUCACUAAUUUAUGGAAUUUCAAAGCCCGUUUGACCGAACUUUUUGUCCACUUUGUAAUCUUACCCAACAGCAAGUGGAGACUCAUCAAAUAUGUCAACUGUGUGUUUGUGUUUGCUACAACACUAACCAUUACCUACAUGGUGAGGAAUCAUACAUCGCUCAUCUUAGAAAGUUACGUCAUGGUUUCUGUAUUUCUUGAGUUUAGAAACUUAGCACCGAUCAGUUUAUCCUCAACCGUCUUCCUCUCCAAUUCAGCAGAUUUUUUUUGUGUUUUUAUCUUACCAAUCUAACAUGCAGCCUUUCCCUUUACCCUUAUGGUAAAUUUGUAGAGCACAGGAAACAACUGAAAAUAUCGUAAUCUAACGAUUUCUUGAAGACACUCUGGGCCCAUAAUAGUAAAUAGAAAAUCAGGGUUCCAGCCGGAAAAUUUUUUCUAUAAAGCAUAAAAUUAUAAAGGCAAGGAUCCCUUCAACUUGAUAGAAGAGUGAUUGAAACCAUGGUCUCUUGCUCGAUAACAUUGAAAAGAUUUCAGUGUCUCCAUUUGCAACGUUGUUGUCUUUGUUAGGCUGCUUUUCAAGAUCAUCCCUGGUAUCUGAUUACAUUUAACUACUUAUGUGAGUUUUCGUUUUACGCCGAGGUGAGUUUAGGAAAUAUUAUUUAAUAUCCUUGCGUGAUGAGAUCAAAUGCGAUGUGAAAAUAAGGUAGCUUUCACACCCUCAUGACACAAGUUGUUCUAAGAAUUUAAAUGCAAUAUGAAAAGUCUAUUUUGUAGCCGGACAGCUGUAGUUAUGCCUUCCACUUUGUUGGUUUAUAACUUGGCAACAGCCCUAUUUCUAUGACAGUAUAGAAUAUAUUUUUAGUUUCCGAAGGCUAGAAAAAUCUCAUGUCCCUACUUUUGCAUCCAGUUUGUCAUAUUGCCUUUGAUAUGCUGAGCUACUAGAACCGUUGCUAAUACGAAUCACUUUGUCUCAUUUCUUCUCUGUGAAAACCCACCAAUGAUUCUAAUACAGUUUAAUGACAGUCAUCACUUAUUCAGAUUUGUAGUUGAAAUCCCUUCCUUUUUCCCAACAGAUAUAUCUAAAUUUCAACAUGGCAUACACCAAUAACAUCGGAGAAGUGAUUUCUGAUGGAAGAACACUGCUUAUCAACUACGCAAAGGGAAAGCUACCGCUAGACUCUCUUGCUUCAUUUCCGAUCGAUAUUUUCGCCUUGGCUGCCCCCGCGGACGAACAGCUGUUUGUAUUGUCGUAUCUGAGGCUUCUUCACUUGAUUCGCGUGGUUCGAAUGCAACAAUUUUUCUCUGAGUUGGCGCAGAGGUUAAAUAUUGAGUAAGUGUUAUUUACGAGCAAUAAUGUCUUAUGUUAGUGUUACUCGUUCACUACACUAGAAGCCGUCUACAAUUUAUCAAUCACACUCAGGAAUGAAUACUCUGUUAGUAUUUGCAGAGCAGCGAGACGCUCUUCUUAAAGCUCAACAUUCGCGAUGUUACUUUUCAUCGCCUUGUAGCCAAGCAGGUUUCUGUGUGAUCUCGUGCCCAGAUCCUAACGUUUAACUAUAACUAAAAUGUGGGGACCUUCCCUUCGCUUGGCCGUGGAAAGUCUGGGUACGAGACUAGUUUCUGUGUUCAUGAGUUGCAAGCUUAAAUGUGAUAUGUUAAGUAAAAUAUCAUUUUUUAGCUGGCAACUCAUGAACGCCUUAAUAGGCUACCUUUGUUGAUUAAAAAAUACUAUCGAGAAUUGCUUGGUUUUCUAAUCGAAAUUAGAAUGAAUCGCAGUUGUUCUCUCUCCCGUAAUUGUUGGACAUGCCAUUUUGUCAAAAAUGAUGUUAUCAGCAAGGGAAGUGUCCCCUCCUCAGUCAUAUUUGCAAAUUGUUUUCUAGUUUGGUUUACAGUAGCCACUUUCGCAAAAAAUGAUUUUGCAAGAGUUUCAUGCCUAAAUUUGAAACACAUUUUUUAUAUACAAAAAAAGAGAUAGGAUAUUAAAUUCUAUCAGGUGCAAACUGUCGAUUUUUGUUCCUUUCCAGCGUUUUCAGAGUGCGCAUGACUAAAUUCUUCUUCCAGCUGGUCAUAGUGAUUCAUGUAUUUGCAUGCGCUUGGUAUGGUCUGGCCUGUCCGCUCAAUGAUUGCUCAACUAAGGAAAACUGGAUUAAACUUGAAGGUCAGUUAAACGUAGCAAAGCUGAAUCGAUAACGCUUUAGAAUUGCAUUUUAACGUGACUUUCAGUUGUUCUCUAACCAUCCCAGCAUAAAUCGUUUCUUUCAUUUUGAUGCGACAAUUAAACCCAGAUUUCAUACCCAACUUGGACAUCUGUUUCUUACAGAUCUUCUAGACGCGCCUGCUCUUUCUCGUUACUGUACAGCGGUAUACUGGGUAGUAGCCACUAUGACAUCCACGGGUUAUGGAGACAUUCAUGGUGAUAGCUCUUCUGAAAUGGGUGAGCAAAAAUUUCUCGAGGCUUGAAAUUCCCAACGAUUUUUCACAGGUGAAACUCUAAAUUGAAAACACUUCACUACACAUAUGUCGACCGCUAAAAAAUUGCAACAGGAAUAUUCUGUAAGCGAAGAAAUGAAAUGACGCUCGGAGUAGAAUGGAGAUGGAUGUAUGCCCCAAACCAUUCCUUUUUCUUUCCCUUUUUUUUUCGAAGAUGAAAGACUACUUCAUAACCGUUGCUUUCAGUAAAUUGUCGCUCAAAAUUACACUGCAAAGUAUAACUUUCAAUCAUCUUGUUUUUACAUGGAGCUCUGGCAAGUUUUGUUAUGAUUUUUGGAAAGCUUCUUUUUGGUUUUAUCCUUGGAAACAUUGCUUCUACUUUGGCAAACGCUGAGAUUAGACGAGUCAAGUACGAAGAGAAACUGGAUGCUAUUCAGGUGUGUAACUGUCUGCUAGUUUCACGUCGAGAAUGGCAGAUACGAGGCCAAUGUUAAUCUGCCAUACUCUCUAGGAUUUUUCGUGUUUAGCUCUGUUUAUUUAGUGGUUUCUUUGUUUUAAUGUUGUUGUUGCUGUGGUUGUUGUAAUUUUUUUCUAUGCCAUCCGAGCUGGUCGCCUGUUUUAUUCACUUGUUAGGCGCAUAUGUCAGACCAAGACAUCCCAGAAGCUUUACAGAAUCGAGUAAUGGACUUUUAUGAGUUUAUCUGGAACAAAAACAAGUGAGUCUGGAUUUUCCAUCGGAUCAGGGGUUCUUUACUUGAACGUCCCUGUAGUUACUAUCCCGAAACACCGGUAGAGUGAUUUUCGAGUGAGUGUCGUAAAACUUAAACCAAAGUUAUCAUGACGACCAAUCAGAAGACAGGAAAAUACCCAUCGGAACCAAUGAGAACUCAAACUGAAACCGAAGCGCGGGAAAACGCGAGUGACCAAAUCGUGAUUGGUUUUAGUUCUACAUCUGAUUGGUUGAGAGCACGGCGCGAGACUAAUUAUCGAGCAAAGCAAAGCAGAGCCAUUGGAAUCUUUAAUUUCUUUUGACACUCAGUUGAAGAUGACUCUAUUUGUCAGUUGUGUUCACUCUUAAGAUUCAGACUUUGGCAGAGUUUUAAAAUACGAGAAAUAAGCUUCGGCCCGUUAAGCUGGGAUCAGAGAUUCCCAAGACUCUGUUGGAGACACUUUCAUCCAACUGUAACACUUUUUUAUUAAAAUAAAAUUCAAACAAACCAAAAUUUUGCGUUUGGUAAGCAGGAUUGCUUGUAAAAAUCUGAAUCCAAACUUCGAUCAGUAUAUCCCAGUCGUUAAUAAUUAUUUGCCUCUUUUUGAAGGGGAAUUGAUCACGGUACACUGUUCUAUGACAUGCCUCUUUGCAUGAAUGGUGAAUUGUGUCUGGGCAUCGUUAAGGAUAUUCUUUAUGCGGUGAGUGAAGUGAUCUUCCAUUCGUCUGCGAGUCUUAAAGUCUUGUAAUCCUUAGCAGUUUAUUAUUGGUUACCUGGGAAUAAAUUGACUUAAAUUUCUGUACAAUUGGUUAUGGUAAACAUAGCGUAUUAGCAAGCCCUCGUCAUAAUAGCGUUCCGGCAGGAGAGUUUCUUCGCCUAUGGGAAAGUAUUCAGGUCUUGAUCAACGCAAGCUGGCGGAAGGCCGGCAAGGAGUCUAGUAGUGUCAGACCCCCAGCAAACCUCUCCCUCGACUCGUCUCAAAUCUUCCCGCGCGCGGAAAACGUACUUCCCGCAGCCGUAAUGAAAGCCUCUCACAGGCUCUGGUGAGCACUAAAUGGUGAUAGAUAUAUAACAAGCACGGUAGGUAUUGAUAUUCCGAUGAAAAAGGUUCAAUAGUUUUCUGUUAUUAAAAAAUAACUAAGAUCUUUAAGAAAUUGAUUUCAAAUCUUAAAGUUUCAUUACUACCUGUCGCAGUUUCUGCGAAGAAUGAAUUUGAAUACCCAAAUCAAGAACUGAAAUGUUAAAAAAAAUCGUUUUAGUUAUUCAUUCCAACAUCAAAUGUGAAAUCUGUCAUCCUAGUCACUUCCUUAUUUCAUGGCUAAUUACUUUGUUUGAUUUGUGUUGUGGGUACUUUUAAACUGAUUUUCUAUAUUUAUUAUUUACAAAGGUUCCUUUCUUAGAAAAUACUGAACUACCUUUCAUCCGGUUGUUGAGUACCAAAGUCAAGCCUGCGAAUUUCCACGCAAGUGAAUACAUCGUUCGGAAGGGUGAUAUUGGACAGGAAAUGUUCAUUAUUCGAAAGGGACUAGUAAGUUUUUAUGUUAACUUUUACAUCCGAAGGCACUGCCGCUUCCUGGGAAAAAAAUGCUUGGAAAAGAAUUUUUUGACCCUGGCGUUCUUAAAAUGGAUAAAAUCAAGCCUGUAGUGUAUUUGAGCAGCCAUGUAGACAGUUAGAAACAUCAGCCAGGAUUAUCUUGGAUAGUGUGAAUGGGACCAGUGUCAGCUCAAAGAAGACCAGAAAUUAGUCAAUUGCCCAGUUAGUAUAAGCAAUCGAUCAAGCCCUUUGCGCAAUCUGUCGAAAACGGUCUCAUUAAUUAAUACCAUCUCUUUAGGUGGAGGUUGUCACCGAGGAAGACCCACCAGAGGUCAUUGAAACCUUGGAGAAAGGCGACUAUUUCGGAGAAAUGUUCCUGAUUCACGCCUGUCCCCAAAAAAUGUCUCUACGUGCAGUAACUCAUGUGGACAUGCUCGUUCUCAGCAAAGAAGAUCUGGAUGCCCUGCUAGUUCAUGACCUCCAUGUUGCAAAGCAGGUCAGCGAAGUAGCAGAGAGGCUAUAUCCUAAUCCAAGUAAAACCAAAUGA